UCCUUCAGCAGGUGCGCUCGUGCACUGGACAACUGCAAAACUUUGCGUAAAGACACUUUAGUCUCAUGUGCUUCCGUCGUUAAAAACACUCUUCGUUUCAAUUAAUUUCACACGUCCGAUUUACCGAGGCCGCGAGGAUUUUCAACGAGACCGGAUUGAUGUUUACCGACAUGGUGUCCAAGUUGACGUCGCUUCAGCAGGAGCUCCUGAGCGCCUUGUUGGACUCGGGGGUCACGAAGGAUGUGCUGGUUCAGGCGCUGGAGGAUUUAUGUCCGUGUUCCGCCGAAUUCGGAAUAAAAAUGGAAAAACCCUUGUCCCCGGCGAGUGUCAACGGCGGCAGCGACUCCAAUGAUUCGAAGCCGGUGUUUCUGACUCUGACCAGCGCGCAGGGGAAAGGCGGUAAACUGUCCGGGGACGAAGGCUCUGAUGACGGGGAUGACUUCGACACGCCGCCGAUCCUGCGCGAGCUGCAGUCUCUCAACACGGAGGAGGCGGCGGAGCAGCGCGCGCAGGUGGAGCGCAUGUUAUCUGAGGACCCGUGGCGCGUGGCUCGCACUGUGAAAGGCUACAUGCAGCAGCACAACAUCCCUCAGCGCGAGGUGGUGGACGUGACGGGCCUCAACCAGUCGCACCUGUCCCAGCACCUCAACAAAGGCACGCCGAUGAAGACGGCCAAGCGAGCCGCGCUUUACACCUGGUAUGUCCAGAAACAGCGCGAAAUCGACAGACAGUUCGACCGUGUUCAGGGCUCUGACCUCAGUGACUCAGGCAGUCAGGAUCAGGUCCUGUUUUUUUUCCCAGAAUUCAAUCCGACCGGACACAGUGCGGGCGCUCCCGGAGGCUCUGCAGGACCAAUCGGAGACGAGGGGGAGCCAGGCUCUAAGAGGAUGAGACGAAACCGUUUCAAAUGGGGUCCGGCAUCUCAAGAAAUACUUUAUCAGGCUUAUGAACGGCAGAAAAACCCCAGCAAAGAAGAGAGGGAGACGCUGGUGGAGGAAUGCAACAGGGCAGAGUGUGUGCAGAGGGGUGUGUCGCCCUCUAAAGCUCAUGGACUCGGAUCUAACCUGGUCACGGAGGUUCGUGUGUAUAAUUGGUUUGCAAACCGCCGGAAGGAGGAAGCCUUCAGACAGAAGCUGGCGAUGGACACAUACCCACCCCACAGCAUGAACCCCCUGCUGUCACACGUGUCAUCACACACCCAGCACCAUCACAGUGCCUCCGAUUCAAAACUCAGGUACAGUCAACAAGGAACCAGCGAGGUCACUUCCUCCACAACCAUAAGUCACCAUGGCAGCAGCCAAUCAGUAUUGCAACAGGUGUCUCCGGGAAGCCUGGACCACUGCCAUGGCUUGUUAUCGCCGGACGCCAAAAUGAUCUCGGUCUCUGGUGGAGUCUUGCCUCCUGUGAGCACUUUGACCAACAUUCAUAGUCUGUCUCAGUCGUCUCAUCAUCAUCAUCAUCAUCAGCAAGCACAGAGCCUCAUUAUGAGCCUGGCCACUCAAAACAAACAGAUACCCACGCCCCCAAACUCGUGUCAUUGGUUGAGACACUACAUUACUGGUCUGGCAUCGCCUCAGUCUCAGAGCGUGCCCGUCAUCAACAGUGUGUCUGGCCUGGCCGCCCUGCAGCCGAUGCAGUUCCCACAGAACACCAGCCUGACGCAGCUGACCACAGCUCACCUCUCCCAGCCGCCCUUCACACAGUCGCACAUGUACUCGACCAAACAAGAAGCCGCCCAGUUUUCCCAUCCAUCUCGAUAUACGACCAUGGACACCAGCACUAUCACACACCUGGGCUCCAACAAGCAGUGUCCAUUGCAGGCCUGGUGAACAAACGCAACCGAAGCGAGAACUUCCUCGGCAGCUUAGCAACAGCGGUCCGUGACCUCUGCGUUUCUCAGUUACGCUGGUAACCUAUCACCAUGGAGAAACAACAGGAGCAGAACUGCCUCUGGAUUCAGCAACAAAUGAAGAAUAAUGAUUGAUAUAUUGCAGCUUUAAGCCAUAUGACAGAUCAAACUGGAUUGAAUACUGAGCCAAAGUUUUCACACCCAUCGGUUUUAGGGGAUGAAAUCUUCAAUGAUACUGUACAUACGAUUUAAUGAGGAAAUAUGGUUUGUUAUUAAAUACAAGGUCAAGUUUUCAGGCAAAGCUACAACAACAACAACAGCAUAAAUAGUCAAUCACGGAUGAGAUUUUGUUUUCCACACGCAUGUUUGAGAUUUGAAAUGUAUCUCGUAUUCUUAAAGAAAAUCAUCACAUUACUGUGUAAAUUCACAACAUAAGAGUGGUCUUUCCAUUUCAGCGCAUGGACUUGCACAUAAAAGUGAUCCCAAAAGAUGCUACAAAUAUAAUUGCUUCUCAGGGAUUGAUUUCACAUUUCACACAUUGUAGCUAAUAUUAUGAGAAUGUGUAUAACUUUGCUAUUUUUUAUAUACGUUUUGGAAUCACUUCAAUCAUAUUUAUAUUUGUGUAAAUCGAUAAAUAAUACAUUUUUGAAGAAUA